CGAAUGGAAGAGCAGCAACCAUGACUGAGCUCUGAAACGAGCUCUUAGAAGACCUGAGCAGCUCGACAGAGAGGCGCGCAGUACGGCAGAAGAGCGGCGGCGACAAGAAGAAGAUUGCUCUGCUAAGAUGCCAUUAAUGGAUACAACAGCGACCACUCUUAGAACAUUGCACCCAUUUUCGCCCUUUCUACUACGCGCAUCGACGUCUCAUCGUCUUCUUCGCGCUCGCUGCUUCUCCCAUUUCAGCCACAAACACCGCCAUCCGUGUUCUUCCUCCUCUCGCCGCCUCCUCCCCUUCUGCUCCUUCUCUGAAAAAGGGGAGGGUUCAUCCGGUUCUCUGCCGCGCGGUGUUGGUAAGGCCCUAAAUGGGGUUUCGCAGCAGAAGGUUCUUCAAGUUGUGUUGGUUUCUCCCCUGAUUCCUGGGAACACUGGUAGCAUUGCCAGAACAUGUGCUGCAUCAGCUGUUGGACUACAUCUAGUUGGGCCAUUGGGAUUCAAGGUGGACGACAAGAAGCUAAAGCGUGCUGGUUUGGAUUACUGGCCAUACGUCGUCGUUAAAAUUCAUAACACGUGGGCAGAGUUCCGAGACUACUUCAAAAAACAGGAAGGAGAAAAACGGCUGCUAGCAUUUACAAAGAGAGGGACUACACUUCACUCGGAUUUUUCGUACAAGCAGGGCGAUUACUUGUUGUUCGGGUCGGAAACUAGUGGGUUACCAGCUGAAGCUCUUGAGGAUUGCAAGAACCAGGCAUUUGGUGGGGGGACCUUAAGAAUUCCAAUGGUUGAAACUUAUGUUAGAUGCCUAAAUCUUUCUGUAAGUGUUGGCAUUGCUAUAUAUGAGGCUUCACGACAACUAAAUUACCAGCAACUUCAGCUUGAACCAGAGGGUUGUACCAACAACAAUGAACAGUCUAUCAUUACAGAGGAUCUUUUUGCUUGAUUCUUUGAUAUGAACUUUUGCACCAUUUUCAAUUGAUUUGAACUCAGCAAAGAAGCUCAUGAAAGAAAGUAGACACAUUGCUUACCUUACCUAUGGUCUUAAAAGUUCAUUUAUUAGUC